AUGGCGGCCCCUCCGCCGCCCGCACUCACAGCCCCGCACCGCGCGCACGCCGCUCCCCUCCCGGCCUCCCCCCGCAUCCCGCGGCAGGGCCGCCCCCUGGCGUCGUGCAGCCGCAGCGCCCCGCCGGGCCCGGCCGCCCCCCACGCGAGGCGCCGUCCAUCAGCGCUCGCCGUUCCCAAUUCGCGGCGGGCGGCGCCGCCACACCCCGCCCCGCCCGGGACGGAGCCGCCGCGCAGGUGCCGGCUCCUCUCCGGGCUGCAGCGGCCCGAGGGUGAAGGGAAAAAAAGGUGUGAACCCGGAAGUACACCCGCCCCGCCGGCGGCCGCACGGCACCGCGCGCUCCGAGGCGCAACUUUUCCUCCGGCCGCGGCGGAGUCGCCCACCGCCCUCUCCCCGCGCGGGUGCCGCGGCUGCGGGAGGACGAGAGCCGGCGGACACGCAGCUCCGCGAAGGAGAGGUGAAGGAGCUCGCUUACCUCCCGCGCGCCAUGGUGGCCGGGCUGAGCGGGGCUGUCGUACCGCGGAGGGGAGGCGAGCGCCAGGCACGGACACACCGACGGUGACCCUUGCUGCUAACACCCUGGAAGCAUGAAGGAAGAAGCUGUCUGAGUCAAAUGGACAAAAAGACAAAUGCCAGGCCAGGAUGAGGAAAAAAGUAUAUAAAGAGAAAGGGUCUUGCGAGAUCAGGACUGUACAAGGGACAAAAAACCAAGUCUAGAAAUCAGAGACUUGCUGACCAAGAACAUUUUGCCUCAUAUCUGCAUGGUUUAUUUGCCAGCAUAGUGUAACACAGUCACAGUACACAGAGUAUGAGUUAAAGAAGUUAUUGUUGGCUGGAAGAGCUGUUAUCUGUGUCUGUGGCAAGCAGCAGCACUGCUUCUGUUAGGUUGUGAGGGACUGGGGAAGUGCAUGGGGGACAUAGACUACAAAACCAUGAGCGAAGCAUGGGAAAUUAGUGGGAGAUCAGGAUACACGGAAGGAAGAGGAAAAGAAGAGCCAUGCUGCACUCUCUGCCAUAGCUAGCAAUGACUAUAUGCAAUUACAGAGCUCUCUUUUUUUUUUUUUUUUCUGGUUUUAGUCAUUAGUCUCCUUCUUUGGCCUUUGGGACUGUUCUAAUUUUUUAAUGACCCAAUGAAAAUGUUAGUAACAGAGAAGUUUUCUAUUUUUCCUCUGUCUUCCUCCUGCUUUAUUUGCUUUUCCCAAUGGGGCUAAAAAAAAGAAAGUUAUUCUUUUAAAAAUUAGUUUGGAAAAGCUGUGCCAAAAUAUGCUGUUCUGCUUUAUUUUAUAGCCUAAUGAAAGUCAAGUAGCAUUUUAUAAAGCUUUAAAUUUUAAUAUAAUAUCCUCAAGAGCAUUCCAUUUGCAAAUCUGGGGAGAUAUCUGAGCACAUGAACAUUCAACACGAUAAUCAGAGAAAAGCAUUUUAUCACAAAUGCCUUUUUGUGCAUUUACUUAGCCAACUCAAUUGCAUUUCAGUCAAGCCUUCAUUACCAGCCCACUGAGAGUAAUCUGCCAAAUCUCUACUGUUGACUUCUUUAGACUUUUCUAACCCUUUUCUAAACCUCUAAUGUUUACCACCUUAACAAGACUAUAUUUAAUUCCAAACCAGAAGCUAUUUUGACUUUUUUGAAUGUGUGAUCAUUUCUGUCCUUGCUCAGUGGCUCAGCUGUGCCAGUUGGAAUGAAGGCUGAGAUUAUGCUCAGUAUUUAGGUUGGUGCAGAAACUGAGUUGUGGAAACUGACUAUCCAAGGUAUCAAAUGAUGAUUAGGAAGAUCAGUAUUUAGCUUUUCAUCUAACUCAUCAAAAGCAGUAACAAUAGAGAAAAGCCCCUCCUGGCACAGGAUGAGGAUUUUGCAGGAAAGCUGAACUGGCACGUAAGAUGUUCAGACUUAAAGAAUUAUUUCAAAAGGGCCACAGUCAUGCUGAAAUAGUUUUUUUUUAGGAAUUCACUGAUAUAUAGUUGGCAAAUCAUUAACAUUUUAAUGCUUUUUAAAUCAGUAUGCAUAGCCUUUAAAAAUAACAGUUAUAAGAAAAUGUUAAUGUUAGCAAUAAAUUUUAUUUUAUUAUGAUCAAAA